GAUUUUUUUCCUGUCAAAACUUGUCUAGUAGUGGACUUGGUUGUAAUGUUAACACUGGACUAAAGCAAGAAAUCAUGGACUCUAAACACGCAAGGCUAAAAAGGGACAUAGAGUCUUUAUUUUCAUUAGAAUUAGUGGUGGAAAAGAUAUACAUACCGCACGAAGUAUGUCGGUUUCCGUCUGUGGCAUUUAGACUUUUAGAUUAUCCAACGAUUUUAAUUGACCAUGUCGAACCCGAACUAGCUUCGAAAAUUCGGAGGAAGGUUUCAUCUGAUCCCUAUUACGAACUUCCGAAACAAAUAAACGAACUAACCGACAAACAUGGAAAUUUUGAGCUGAAAAAGGGAAAGUCUUGCCUUCUGAAACUGCCUUUCAACACAAUGCAAACACAUUUAUCAAAUACACCUAUGUAUGUCAUGAUAAUUGACAGCUACCCACAAGUUCCAAAGCUUUUAGGAAACACAACUGUGCCUUUGGAUGAGGUAAUAAAGGAUAUUGCAGAGGAUAUUCGACGAGUUGGAGACACUGUACCAUCUGUUCAUGGGGACAAAGGACUAUUUAAAGUGUUCAAUUUGAUGGGGAAAGAAAUAGGUUAUAUAAUAUUAGGCUAUAGAUUGAUGUGCCUAGGAUCUGGUCUCAUUCCACAUAUACCAGAGAGAGAAAUAGCCAAACGUCAAUCAGAAAGUAUUCAAGAACAUUCACAGCAGAUUGAAGAAAGCAUUCAAGAACAAUAUCAUGCCCCAAUGAAAAGUGAAAAAAGUGCUAAAAUUGUCCAAAGAGCAAAAACAAAAGAAACAAAAAAGUUGUCAACAUCACAAGAUAUGGGUUCUAUGACAGAUCCAGAAAAACAUGAUGUUCUGAUGCAAACAAUAGAUAUGUGUGACAAAGAAAUUCAUGUUGCCUUAUCUGAUAAUACAGAAAAGCCGAAAAACUUACAAACAGUGUCAACUCAAACUCAAAAGAAGUUGAAUAAAAAUAGAAAAGAACCAAAACUGGUUAGCAUAGAACUGAAACCCCCAGCUGAUGAAAGUGACGAUGAAUUUAUUAAUAUAAAUAAUAUUGUAAAUCCUCCACCAUUAUUUUACAACAGUGAAAAUGAACCAAGAGUAAAAAUUCAAAGGCCUUACUUGUACUACCAGGAUGAUGUGUCUAGUGUUUAUACAGAUGAAUUAACAAUAGAUGAUUUUUCUGAUGAAGAAAAGACGCUAAGUAAACCACCAAGAAAUGUACAAUCUCAAAAAGUUGCAGCAACAAAACCUAGAACUAGAGAGGAAAACCAGGUGAAAAUUCAGCAGCCGUCAUCUGAAAAAGCACCUGCACUUGGUCAAUUCCAGAGUUUAAUGCUGGGAUUUCCUGGAUCAAUGACAAAUGGACCUUUAUUUCCAAUGCUUACAGCAUUAUUAAAUGAGCUUUCAAAAAUACAAGAUCCUAGAUUUGUUCAGUCUGCUGUGAAUCAAGUUAAUGUAGCUACACAAGACAGGCAACAGCCAAGACCAUGUCCUGCCCCUCAGCCUGGCAUGACACAAAAGUCUGAAAUCAAAAAUUCUCCAAAUAAAUCAAAACUACAUGAUAAUAAGGAAAAUAUUCAAGCUGGUGAAAAAGAUGUACAAUUAAGAGGACGUAAAACCAACAAAGUAUGUACAACACCUUCUGAUGGUGUUCCUAAAAAGAAAGGAUGGAUCAGAAAAACUCCAAAUGUUAGUGUCAGCAAGUCCAAAUUAGCAUAUGGUCUAACAAAUACUCAAAGACUGAGACUAGCAAAAGUAAACCCUGAAUGGUUAAAGACUAUUGAAAAAGAAGAAAAAGAAGCAAAAGCUUUGAAAACAAAAACAGUCAAAAGGGAAGAUGAAGAAUUUGAAAAAGGAAAUCUUUCUGAUACACUGACAGAAGUAAGACGUUUGGCAGAGAAAAACUUAAAUGAAAUGGAUGAUACAGGUGAGCAAAAUGAGUCAAACUUUGACGAUACAGUGAAAUCUACAAUGAAAAAGAAUCGGCGGAGAAUCUCUCCACCAAGGAAACCAAAGCCAUCUGCUCCAAGUCCUGUAAGAAAACGUUCAAAAUCUCCAAAGCACAAAUAUCUUAGUAAAGUGCAGAUAUCCAGUAAAUCUGAAUCUAGAGACGAUGAUUUUACAAAUUCAGGACAAAUAGAAAAAGAAGAACAUGUUUCUGAUGAAGAAGAUAUAAAGAGUUUCAAAAGCAUUGAAGUGCGAAUACCUAGUGCUCAGAUGUAUGAAGAUGAUAGUGACUUUACUGAUAGUCCUAAAAGUUACAAAUACAUGUAUCCUGGACAUGUUGAUAAAAGUCGAUCUGAAGAAAGUAGUCUGAAAGAUAACAGGUUUCCUGGAUUUAUCGAUCAUAAUGUUUCCGUCCCUGCAUCAAUAAAUGGCAAAACCAAUGAUUCUCUUAAUUCAACAAGGGAUAAUUAUUAUGAAGAGGAUUAUCAACCACUAGAGUCUACAAGAUAUUCCAAACCUAAUAAAUCUCAUGAUGAUAUUGACACACAACAGUUUCAGUCAACUGAAGAACCAGAACUUCAGAAACUUAUGAGUUCUGGUGAGAAAUCGGAAGUUUCAGACAUUUUAAGUACAGAUCGAUCUGAAGCCUCACCAAAUGUAUUACCUCCCUUUGAUUAUAACAUGACAUCGGCCCGAUUUCAAGUUCUUAAUCCAAAAGCUUCAAUGCAAUCACCAUUACCAGCCAUUCGUAAAUCACAAGCAAAACUAGAUGGAUCUGGUAAAACAUCACCCGUUGUUACUCCAAGAUCACCAGGUAGUUCUCGUCAUCCUACUCCAACACCAAGAAAGAAAACAGCUCAGAGAAAGAGAAUUGACUUUAAACCAGAUUCUAUUCAUACAGAAUCAGUCAGUUCAUAUAUUCCUUCAGAUGAAGAAGAUAUUCUCGGUAAUGAUGGGUAUUCAGAUGACUUUAAUGACAAUAGCAGCUCAAGAAUGUCUCCAAUUGUAAGCCACUCUAACAAAUGGAUUCCUUCCACAAAACUUGGUUAUACUAUAAGUUAGUUUGACUUUUUACAAAACUUGGUUAAAUAAAUGUUCACGUACUAUAAGAAGUAAAAUUAUGUUCAUAUUACUAUAUAAAUGUAUAUAUAGUCAUUAUAUGACUAGUUAUUUAAAAAGGUUUUUUUUAAAUAUCAAUAAUUUUUAAAAUAGUCAGUACAGACAUUUUUGUGUGUUUUUUUUUUUAUUAUGUAAGGUGAACAGAGACAUGUUUUUUAAAUCCAUAUAUGUCAUGUAUGUAUAAUAUUAUACUGAAAGAAUUCAUUAUGCAAAACUUUGAAAAUUAUUUUCUAUUGUUUUGAAACGUGUGUUAAGUAAACUAAUGGAAAAUUUUAUUGAUCAUAUUCUACAUUUUCAGAUUUUUUUCCAGUAGAAUUUAAAUUCUGAAAAAAAAAUAUUUCUUUCAUGCCAACAAUGAGCCUGAUUACAAAAGACUUGAACCUCAUUCUAGAAUUUAUCAUCUGACCAUGACCUCAUUUUCAUGGUUCAUUGGUCGAUCUUAAAUUUUCCUGGUUUAGUUUGUUUCUUAGAUAUGAUAUGCAAUAGGUCAACUAUAUUUAAAGCAUGUAAUGAUUGUAAGGUGUACAUGUCUGUCUGGCAGGGUUCAUCUGACCUUCGCCUCAUUUUCAUGGUUCAUUGGUCAAUGUUAAGUUUUCCUGGUUAAGUUUGUUUCUUAGAUGUGCAGUAGGUCAACUUUAUUUAAAGCAUAUUUGGUGUAUGGAAUGAUUGUAAGGUGUACAUGUAUUUUCCAGUUUGGUUUAUCUGACCUUGACCUCAUUUUCUUGGAUCAUGUACAUGUUAAGUUUAUUUGAUAUUUGUAGUAAAGCUUUAUAUUUAGGACUAUCAACAUAAAAUCGAUGGUAAGGAAAGAAGGCGAGACAUUUCAGCGUGUGCACUUUUGUUCUUUUUUUAUUUAAUAUAUUUGUGAAGUGGGAUCCUUUUAUUUAAGAUAACUACGGAUAAUUUUUCAAAUCAUAAACAAGUACUCUCUGUAACUAUAUUUUGAGUGUUUUGAAUCAUAAUUUUUUGCUAUGAAUCAAACAUAGAUAGACAGAUAUAUGUAAAGAAUAUGUAGGGUAUUUUAAAAGUGUUUUAAUGUAAAACUGUACACAUUGUAUACAAAUAUUUAUUAUUUAUAAAAGACAAAUUAAUAUCAAA